AGUAUUCUUUCUUUCGUCAAGUGCGGGACUACAAUGGCUAGGCUUCUAGUCAGUCUAUGUGUAGUUACCGGUCUCUAACGUCGGAAAAAGGCACUGUUUUGGCUAGUUUCUUUCAUAUAUUCAUCACUAUCAUCACCAUAUAUAUCCUCUGCCUUCUUUCAGACAUACAUACAUAUAUAACGUCAUGUUCCUUGAUAGAUUCUUACUCCGAUUGUUCCACUAUUUGCUGUCGUUCGUCUCCUGUAUCUACAACUGGUGGUUGAAAAUACUACAGCUGCGCUUUAUUGUAUUCGCUGGUAACAGUGGAUUUAGUAAUUUCCACGGCUUUCUCUAUUUCGUUAAGCACAUCUUUAGCUGCUUUAGGGACAGAAGAAAGUCGUCAACAAAAACAUCAAGAACGUUGAAUAAUACCACAACCUCCACGACGGCUGCUACACCUUUGCAAUUGAAUCGCAUCCGAUGUGAUAGUAAAGAACUGAAGAAAUUGCCAACCAGUCUCGGCUUGGCCCUUAACGAGAGAGACGUGUCUUCUUUAGACAUAUGUAACAUUGUUCUAUGGUCAUUGGUUAUGGGAAUUCCUUACAUCAGCAUUUAUGACAUCAAAGGUGAUUUAAAACGAAACAGCAUAACUUUACAAAAUGAACUCUUGAAAAAGAAACACGAAUUAUUUGGUCCUGAAGCAAAUAUGUACGAAAUCUUACUCAACCCUGGUUCAUCUUUAACAGAAUUACCAAAAUGUGGCAAACAAAUUUUGGUGAAUAUUCUCUCGCUUGAUGAUGGUAGGCAGUCUUUGGUACAUAUAGCACAACAUCUCAGUGAACAGGUUUUACAAAAGCAGAUGAAAAUAUCUGAUAUAAAUCCUGAAUUGAUAGACAGAUUUUAUAAAAUUACAUAUGGUUGUCCAGCACCUGAUCUUAUCAUCCGAUUUGGCAAAACAGAAUCCUUGUUAGGAUUCUCUCCAUGGCAAUCACAGUUCUCAGAAAUAUUACCUUGUCCAUCACAUGUAGGUUUGGAUUACCUAACAUAUCUUAGCACUUUAAUAGACUAUGCUAAUUCAUCACAGCGCUGCGGUAAAUAAAGAAAUGACUUGUUUCCCAUUCCCAUAUCUCUCCUCCUCCUCUUGUUUCUCUGUAAAGCUGUUCAAAGGUUUAAUGAUUGUUUUGUUGUUGUUAUUGUUUCCUCAAAGAUUCAGAAAUAAAAUGCCAAAGGAAAAAGAUUAAAAAAAAAAAAAAUACAAAUCAAACUGAAAUAUAAAACACUUGGUGAGGAAAAUGAAAAUCUCUUCAAAGAUGAACAUCUUCUUUGCAGAAGAUCAGCAGAAACUUUUAAGGUCUUUUGGAACAAGUUGCUUUGUCUUGGUAGAUCAAACUAAAAAAAUUUCUAAGUCUCUCAUUUAGAUUACAUAGGAGAUGGCAACCUAACGAAGGGAGCUAAUUCAAAUGUCUUUUUUUGUCUCACUAAUAACAGGGUAGAUUUAGAUCAGUGGUUACCAUAGUGAUCCAUUUUGGAAAAUCAAUAACUCUCUCAUUCUCUUUUGCUUUAUAUUUCAAUUUAAAAAAAAGUCAAUUUUUCAAAAAAAUUAUUGAGUUAACAUUUGAUACAAGGGAAAAACAUUCCUCAGUUUUUUGUUGGCAGUAAAUGUUGUGUUGUAGCCCUUAUGCCUAGCUAUGGCUUAUUGUACAGCAUUUUCAUAAAUUUGAAUUUUUCCAUACAUUUCAAAAGUAAAGGAUUUUGCCUUUGUAGCACUUCCAGGAUUAUAACCCAAUUUGGGUUGCUACCCACAAACUGGGAACCACUGAUUUAGAUAAACUAUUCUUCUUAGUAUAUAAAUAUGUAGCCAGCUGUAUUUGGAUGAUGUGUUAGGGGUUGAGUACCUGCUGUGUGUGUUGUUUGUAACUGUCAUAGAAUUUUCACAGCAACUGAGAUGAGAAUAAAAAUACAUAAUGUUCACCUCCAGUUAAAAAAACAAAAACAAUUUAUUACUAUGUAUAGAUAAUUAGAUAAUACUUUAGGUGAGCAUUUUGAGAUUUGGCUUUAGUAAAUACAAUUUAUAAUUGCAUUUAAUAGACAUUUCUCAAUUCAUCAGGUUAUCCUAAAGAAGCAAUGUCAUUUUUGCAACAAGAUUGAACGUAAAACUAGAGUAAACUAAUUUUUUUAUUAACUAAUCACUUUAAAAAUUAUUCGUUUUCAUUUCUGCUAAUGACAGAAAAUUGUUUCAAUGCCAUGUUUUCUAAAUUCAGAUGAUUUUCAGGAGAAAAACUUUAAAAAUUUGAGUUUACCUCAUUACACAAAAUUAUACAUUAAAAAGAAAAAAUAUUUUAUAUAUUUUUAUUUCUAAAAGUAAUAUAUUUUUCCUGGGGAACCUGGCAAAAUUUAGAGAUUAAUCUGUAGUUUUAAAAUCAUACAGAAAUGGCCAAUAUGAGAGCGAGGAUCUCUAAUAAAAUUUCUCUGGUUUUUACUGAAGCAAUUCCUGCAAUAUGGUAACUUGUAUUGUCAUAGUAGAUCAUAAUUCCUUUCUGGUCAACCAAAGAGUAUUUUUCCCUUCUUAGUAGUGUGGUAAUGUCCAAUAGUUUCAGAUGUUGACAAACAAAUCUCAGUAGUGGUUCUAUGAUUGGGUAGAGACAACUUGCCUCUGAUUGAAUUCCGAAGUGAUAGAUACUGAUAUUUUGCCAUUUUUGUGGCUUAUCAACAUCAUGUAUCUGAACUGAACUGUGUCGUAGCUGUUCUCAUAUACCUUCAUUGAAAAUACUUGGUAAAACACUCUCCCUUUUGGUUAUGGCAUAACUAGUUUUCCUAAGCAAACUUACAAGUCUGAUCUGCUUAAAGCUCUCUAACGGAAACCUCAAUUUCUAUCAUUAUUCACUCAAGCAAUUCAUAAGCAGAGUUUGAUAUGGUGAAAGAUGUUUAUGCAUCUCAUCUCAUCUCAUCUCAUCUCAUCUCAUCUCAUUUCAUCUUAUCAACUAACAACUGUCAUUCCACUCACUUUCCUGACUUUAAUACUUCUCCACAGAGUUCCAUGUAUUGAUGUAUUGGAGGAAGGAGAGGAAUUUUGAAUAUUUUCAGCCAUUUGUUAAUAGUUGUGCAACAUUGCUGUUUAGGUAUCAUGAAUAGAUAAUUAGAUAAUCAGUAUGUAUGUGUGUGUGUGUGUGUGAACACACGUAUAUUCAUGAUGUGUGUGUGUGUGUGUGUGGAUAUAUAUGUAGAUAUAUAUGUAAUUUAUUCAUGAUGUGUGUGUAUACACAUGCCAUGAAAAUAUAUGUGGGUGAAUGUGUCUGUAUAUAUUAGGAUAGGCAUUUGAAAUUGAUCUCUUUGUCCAUUUUGAAAUGAGAUGUUACUUAUGGAAUGAAGUCAUAACUGAGGGGGAUGAAAUAUAAUUGAUCUCAUUGAAGACUCAGUUUGGUCUAGCUAUUUAGAUAAAGCCUCUACAAUUAGCUCUGUUUGAACUGAAGUACUACGCAGAUACAACUAACUAAAUACUUAGGGACCUCCCAGUUUUACAGAAGUGCAGUAUCUAUCAGCUUGUGUUUGGUUCAAUAUUUGAUCAACAUUUUAAUCCCAUCAUAUCUCCUAUAUUAGAAACAUUUUAGGAUUUACUGAUUUAAAACACACCAUUUCUUAUAUUUUAAUUCUUUUGAUACUGACCUGCCUGAUACCACUUCUGCUUAUAUAAAAAAAAAAAGUUUUCUUUUUAAGACUUCACGUUUAAAUUAAAGCCUUCGAUCUUAAUUUUAUUUAAAAUUCAUUUUGUUAAGCUCUGUUCCAAAUACCAGCAGAAUAACAGCAGGGUUAGUUACUUUGUUAAAUCCUCUCAUAUUCUUGGUUAUUUACAAAAAUAGACAAUGUUUUACCUUAGAAAUAUGGUGACAAAAGGCUUAAAGGCUGCAAGGUUUUUGUUGUAAUGUGUCAAGAAAUAAGCCACAGCCUAUACUGCUGCUGUUACUAACAUAUUUCUGUUGAAAUGCACUUACCAUAUUUCUGUUGAAAUGCACUGCCUUUGUUCUAAUUAAUUUUGAAAAUGGUGAAGAAUUUAGUAAAGUAACUUUGACCUUUAUUAACCUGGCGUUUGGCACAUAAAUCAACAUGAAAUUUUGAAAGAAAGAUUUUAUUUUGCUCACUUUAAACUUGAAGUUUGUAUCAUAGAAGCAGAGGUGGUCUUGGGUGGGUUGGUAUCAAAUAGGUUAAAUGACCAUAUAGAAGCUCCCUUGGUGUGUCUGGUUUGAGAUGCACCUUUAGUAAUGGCCAUCCAGUUGCUCCAACUGGAUAAUUCAUAAUCUCUCAUUCAGUCUCUCUGUCUGUUUAGGAACAUUCUUCAAUUUCUGCAAUAUACUUACAUUAAAUUACAAUAAUCAAAUUGUUCUCAA